AUGGCCCAAAUGGUCAUUGAUCAGUCAACCCCUGAAGGGCGGCAGCAGCUGGCCUUUUCGACUAUGCCUCAAGUCCACCCACUCCGCGAUUCGACGCUUCUCGAUAAUUGCGCCAGCACGCACGUUGUCAACAACAGGGAUCUUCUCGUGGAUGUCCACCCGGCCAGCGCCUCUGAUGUCGUUUUAGUCGGUGAUACGGCUCUCCAAGUCGUGUGCCGAGGAAAGCGCAUCAUGAGGAAUGCCUUUAACGGCCCGGGCGGACGAAACACACGAGAUUUGGUCCUCAAUAACGUCGCCUUCGUGCCGGGAUUCCAUACUAACCUGAUCAGCGGCAACGAGCUUCGGGCCCUUGGCUAUUGGUCGUGCACCCUCGACGACACGCUGCGCUUUGGGACGAUGGCCAGCAACAAGAUCAUGAUGAAUAUGUCCAGCAAGGCCGGGCAUGCAAGCCCGAAGGUCCUUGAUCAGAUGGUUCCACAAGUCAACGGAGUCCGAAUCCAAGGUCCAACAACGGUUCAGUGCAUUGGCGGAAUGAUGUUCUCAUGGACGAUGGCGUCAAAAACCGAGAUGGAUAACGAGAGGGCGCUGGUUAACUUACCGGAACAGUGCGACUCGGAAUUCCAGUCCUGGGCAAAGGAAGAAGGUAUCGAGAUCGAGCUGCCGCCCUCCCACACAAAGGAGCCCACAGGGGGAGCAGAGAGACCAGGCGGCAUAAACCAACAACGCCUGAGAUCAAUGCUUGGCGAGCUUCCUCGUGACCUUUGGCCUGAAGCCUAUCAGACCGCAGUCAAACUUCACAACAUCCUUCCAAGCCGCAGAAAUCAGUGGAAAACCCCUCAGGAAUCAUAUUUACGACCAGAGUGGAGAGGCAAGUACGCUUUCGGAUGUCGAGCGUAUCCUCUGAUCAACGACUACAAGGCAGGCAUUUCCAAAAACGCCUUCAAAGUCAACCCCAGAGCACAUGUAGGAUAUUUGGUUGGCUAUCACAGCAGCAAUAUCUACCGCAUCUGGGUUCCCAAGCUUCGGCGGGUAAUUCUGUCAAGAGAUGUUACGUUCAAUGAACAUCAAUUCUUCGACCCUGCAACAGAGGACCAGCAAAUCGCGAUACCGGAGUUCAAGCCGACCAUUGAGGCUAUUGAACUGCCUAUCCAACGAGACUGGAACGCGAUAUUGGACGAUUUCCUGCAGGAAUUCGAUGAACAAAUCCUUGAAGUUAACCCCGUCGGUUCGAUCUCGGGGGUGGAGGGCCAGAGCACCGCAUAUCCCACGAGAUUAGCUAUCUCGAUGGACGAUCAGAUGCUUCGUGCAGAGCCAGAACCUGCCCCAAGAAGAGAUCUCACGCCGGAGGGACUAGACACGUCGACUACCGCAGAACCUCUGAGAGUUGCAAACUCGGGGGCAGAUAGCGGCUCGCGUGGUCCCCCUCCAUUUUUCGCAGACGAGGGACUAGAUGUGCCGACUACCGCAGAACCUGAGGACGCUGCACAACCUCAGGCAGAUAGCGGCUCGACCAAUCCUCCUUUCCCUAUUCCAGAGGGACUUUCCGCCGAGGACUAG